CCCUGCUCUGUCCGCGGUGGCUCCGCUGGAGCGCAGGCUGGGCCAGUGGCGAUGUAGCGGUGGCCGCACCGGGGCAGGAGAGAGGCAGGGAGCGGACGGGCCCCGGCAGCAGCCCCCAGGGGCAGGUGAAAGAGCGCAGCAGUCCCUGGAGCGUGGGUGUGAGCCAGGCAGUCUCUCAAUGCCAGCAUCCCUGCCAGCACUAGCCAGGCUCACCAAGUAACCCUAUCUGGGAACUUCCUGUUCCUUUAGUUAAGAGUCAUCCUUGCCACGUGUUGUAAGGUGAGAGAUUCCCUUACACAGGAGGACGCAGAGGCUCACUGCUGCAGUUGGAGCUUGCUGGUGACCCAGCUGUUCUGCAGAGAGCGGGGAAAAGAGGCUACAAGGCAUGAAAAGGCUGUCAGCUGCCAGGCACCAACCAAGACUCCUCUGCACUGUCUCCCCAUGAAAGCGAGGUGCCUGGGAAGAAGAAAGCAGAUCUGUAGCUCCGAAGAAGAGAGUUCAUUCAGGCGGUGCUUUAUUUUUAAACUCUGAUCCUCCCAGUUCCUUGCCUGGCUAAGUAAUUAAACUGGAAUGACCCAAGGAGCUGAAAUCAAGGGAACUUUAUGCUUUUAAAAGGAGAGAACCCCAAAUUCCACUCCCUUUGAACUUUUUUAUUCUAAAAUCCUGCUUUCUAACAUCCAGGUUUGAAAGACUGUUUGACUCUGUUUUAUGUUUCCCCCAUUUCCUCUUAAAAGCAACUGAGCACGAGUCCAGCUGCUGGAGCCAGGGCUUGGUAGGGGAACACUGCGUGUUGGAAGAAUAUGCCCUAAGGUGUCAAGAACCAAAGAAGAGAAUCUGGGAGACUGCGUGUGCUUCUACGGCUCCUUCUUCUGGGAACAGGGGAAUUAGAGUCAAGGGGUUGUAUCUGGAAACUCCUCCUGCUCCUCUGCCAUCUUGGUGGUUGGUGUCUCCCAUUUCUGGAUUGUGCUUGAUGGGGAUCUCUGCUAGGGGAUCAGCCUCUGCAGUCGAGGGCAGGCACACAAGGACAAAGGACGUGGCAUCUAGAUGCAGGAAGGGGCGUUGGCUUAAGCCCCGGGCAGAAGGUCUUUUCUGGGACAGCUGCCUGCUGUAGGCCCCCAGAUUGCAGGUCGAGGGACAUCCACCCUUCAGCAUGUCCUGCAAGCUCGAGCAGAAGGAGGCUCACCAGACCAAUGGGGUGGUGCUACCAAUCGUGGCUGUGCCCGUGGACUGCCUGGCCAGUCCGGACCGGCAGCAGCUCAUGGAGCCCUCGGAGUUCUUGGAGCCUGACAGGGAAGGGGUGGAGGUGGUGGUGCUGGACUCCCAGGCCAACGCCAAAGGGGUGCGAGAAGAGGACGCCCUGUUGGAGAACGGCAGCCAGAGCAAUGAGAGCGACGACACCAGUACGGAUCAGGGCCCUGAGCCUGCCUCCCCUCUCAAGGAGACCUCCUUCUCCAUCGGGCUGCAGGUCCUCUUCCCUUUCCUGCUGGCCGGGUUUGGGACAGUAGCUGCUGGCAUGGUGCUGGACAUCGUACAACACUGGGACGUGUUCAAAAAUGUGACUGAAGUAUUUAUCCUGGUUCCUGCAUUGCUGGGACUGAAGGGGAACCUAGAGAUGACGCUGGCAUCUCGUCUUUCUACAGCUGCUAACAUCGGGCACAUAGACACACCCAAGGAGCUCUGGAGGAUGAUAAUGGGGAACAUGGCUCUGAUUCAGGUUCAAGCUACAGUGGUCGGUUUCCUGGCUUCGAUUGCUGCCGUGAUAUUUGGCUGGAUCCCAGAUGGGCACUUCAGCAUUGGCCAUGCCAUCCUGCUCUGUGCCAGUAGCGUCGCUACAGCCUUCAUAGCUUCACUCGUGCUGGGAAUGAUCAUGAUUGGCGUCAUCAUUGGAUCCAGAAAGAUAGGGAUCAACCCGGAUAACGUGGCCACGCCCAUUGCUGCCAGCUUGGGAGACCUCAUCACCUUGGCGCUGCUUUCAGGGAUCAGCUGGGGCCUCUACAUAGAGCUGGAGGACAAAGCAUACGUGAAUCCUUUGGUGUGUGCCUUCUUCAUAGCCCUGCUACCGCUCUGGAUCAUCAUUGCCAAAAGGAAUCCAGUAACCCGGGAGGUGCUGUACUCUGGGUGGGAGCCAGUCAUCAUUGCCAUGGCUAUUAGCAGUGUUGGAGGGUUAAUAUUGGACAAAACUGUGUCGGAUCCAAACUUUGCAGGGAUAGCCGUCUUUACGCCAGUGAUUAAUGGUGUCGGUGGCAACCUGGUAGCUGUCCAGGCCAGUCGCAUCUCCACUUACCUCCACAUGAACGGAAUUCCUGGCGAGAGCUCAGAGAUGGCCCCACGCAAGUGCCCCACCCCCUGCAGUACAUUCUUCAGCUCAGAUGUGAAUUCCCGCUCUGCCCGCGUGCUCUUUCUCCUAGUGGUUCCUGGGCACUUGGUUUUCCUCUACACCAUCAGCUCUAUGCAAGGCGGGCACACCACGCUCACCCUGAUCUUUGUAGUCUUCUACAUGACAGCUGCACUUCUCCAGGUUCUCAUUCUACUCUACAUUGCCAACUGGAUGGUGCAUUGGAUGUGGGGUAGGGGUCUGGAUCCUGACAACUUUUCUAUCCCUUACUUGACGGCACUGGGUGACCUGCUUGGGACGGGUCUCUUGGCUCUCAGUUUCCACGUUCUUUGGCUCAUCGGUGACCGGGACACAGACGUGGGAGACUAGCUCCCCCCAUCAUCCCCUUCUUUCCUCCUUCUGUCUCUCUUGGGACUUCAGCUUUGAUCCUGGAUUCUCAUUAUUUUCAAUGGGAAUUUUAUGUGCUUUAUAUUUCAAGCCCAGUUUGUACAGAAAAAUCUAGUUUUAGGAAGGACAAAAAAAAAGUGUAAGAGACAAUCACCAAGUGCAAUUUUAUAGCAGGAGCAUCUGAACCAAGGUUCUAUUGGAAAUGUUGAUUGAGUAGUUGGAUCAUAAAUGAAACCCGCACCCCUCACUAGAGGUGAAGGGUCACUCCUUUUGGUUCAUAAGUAUUCAAUGUUCAAGGUAUGAUUCAGGCACCUCCCAGGAGGGAACAGCCUAUAAACUAGGAUCCCCAGAUCCUCCCUCAAAGCCCCACUUUAUGCCUGGAUUCUAAAUCAAAGAAGAUUCUCGUUAGAGAACUAGCUUGAGUGUGCCAGAAAGAUCCCCUUUAGACAUCCACUCCCACCCCCAGAUGCUUAUAAGGAACGCUCACCCAGUUUAUUUGAGGCUUUAAAACAUAACCCUAAAGUUGCUGGAUUUUUAAUUGUAUGUAGGGCUUUAGUUUUCCCCUUUUUUAAAAAAAAAAAAAAAAGUCUGAAAUGCAUUCCUCGUUCCAGAACACACACCCUGCACUCUUGUAGUGGCUCUUAUUUUCUGCUGCUGGGUCAACUUCUGUGUCUCUCCCACAAGCUCCUUAAAACAAUGCUGUUUUUCUCCUUUUUGGCUUUUCCCAGAGAGCUGGGUAUUACGUUCAACAAGUGUGAAGUGCUACUCGAUGUGUUGUGUAGAUUUUGACCUUCUUCGCCCUAAGUGAGGCUCAGUUUCAGGGGAUGAUGGUUGCUGCUCAAUAUAUUGUCACUCUACCACAGCCACGUAAGUAAGGCCGUCUUGACUCUCUUGGGAGGGAGUGGUUUGCUUGGAAGACCACUCCACCUUGCCCUUACCUUGGGCCAAGCAAGACCGCAACAGCCCUGCUAACUGUAUCUGUCAUGACCAGCAAUAGACCCAUGCUGCAAAAUUCCAGUCUGGAACUGGCUCGGAGCUUUCAUAGGAAAAAAAAACCAUAGAAUAUCACGGUUGGAAGGGACCUCAGAAGGUCAUCUAGUCCAACCCCCUGCUCAAAGCAGGACUAAUCCCCUGACAGAUUUUUGCCCCAGAUCCCUAAAUGGCCUCUUCAAGGAUUGAAUUCACAACCCUGGAUUUAGCAAGCCAAUGCUCAAACCACUGAGCCCUGCAGUUCAGAGCUAGAGACUUGGUUUAAGGCCAGGCAUGUUGAUAGAUUUGAAACUAAAAGGGGAGUUCCAUCGUGAACUGCCAAAAAAAAUACAGGAACCUAUAUAGAUGUCUAAACCAAACCACGUUUAGUUUCUUGCAUGCCAAAAAGAUAAGAGCUGAGGGACCACUAUCUAAAGGUACUUGUAGAAGAAUGGUUUCCUGUUUGACACUGAGGGAUGCCUCUUUUAUAUGGCCUUAUCUGUACAGGAUAUUUGGGAGACCUAGCUUAAAUAAAGACUGCCUUAAAUCACAGAAUUGCAGUUCUUAAUAGAGUGCUGUCUCGCAGACCCUGUGCUAGUAGGGAGUGUGUUUCCAGAGGCCUUUCAUUCCUAGGUUAGAAAGCUUCGGAACUGCUCUCUUCAAAUGUCACUUGUGAUUGUAGCUCUGAAAUUCACAUCUCGUCACCUCAGUGACUUCUCACGAAUCUGACUUGUCCAGGGCGUCUGUCGAAAUUUUGCUGCACUGAAGUCUCAGUUUCUUGGAGACCUUCUCCUGCACUCACCGUUAACAGAUGCAAAAACUGUUCACUUGCUUCCAUGCCCAGUAUUGAGGGAUACAGUUGAGAUUUCCCUUCCCUAACACUUAAGCUUUUAGUAGACCCCUUCCUACUAUUUUAUAUGCCUCAUCAGUUUCCUAACUAAAGACUUGUGCCAGUGAAAGAGACAAACCCUCCAUGGUCUCAGCUGAAAAACUAAGGGAGGAAGAGGUGGUUGUUUUAAGAGCCAUAGUUCUACUUGGGUGAGGUACCUAAAUUUUUACCAGGUUGAGGGAAGGGAGGAUGGGCAGGGAGGGUAAGAACUUAAUUUAUAUUUAAAUUUUUAAAAAGCUUUGAAGGACAACUUUUUUUUUUCUCCUCCUCCUUCACCAGUUGAACAUGAAUGCAUGUGUGCUUUAGAUCUGGCUGCAAAUGAAGAGAAUAUUGGGUUCCUCCUUUUUAUGAAAAUUAAAAAAGACUGUCUUAAAUAUUUAUAGUUGCUAUAACUGAAUUGACAAAUGUCAACUUAACUGAUUUUAAAUUAUAUUUGGUAAAAUAAAGAUGGCAUUUAUUUA